AUGUCGAUACCAGGAAAAGACAGCGGAGCCGUCGUGCUCGAUACCUCGAUGGGCCGUGUCGCGCUCGAGCUGUACUGGAAGCACGCACCUCGGACCUGUGCCAACUUUUACCAGCUCGCUAAGCAGGGCUUCUUCGACGGCAUCAUCUUUCAUCGAGUCAUCAGUGAUUUCAUGAUCCAGGGAGGCGAUCCCACCGGCACAGGCUCAGGUGGCGCUUCGAUCUACGGCGGCAAUUUUGAGGACGAGCUGCAUCCCGAGCUUCGCUUUGUAGGAGCUGGCAUUCUCGCUUCGGCAAAUGCUGGACCCAACACCAACCGCAGCCAAUUCUUCGUCACGCUGGCGCCGACACCUUUUCUCGACGGAAAGCACACCAUAUUUGGUCGCGUAUCCGAUGGCAUGCAUGCUGUCCGCGAGAUCGGAGCUGCCGAAACAAAGGACGACAGGUAA